AUGCAGGGGAACGGCCAAGCGGAAAGGACCGAGCGCCGCAAAGCACCUGGGGUUGUCGAGAGUCCGUACCACACCAAGGUCCGAGCUGGCCCGGGCUUCAGCCUGGAGGAACUCAGGGUGGCUGGUAUCCAUAAGAAGGUGGCUCGCACCAUUGGCAUCUCCGUGGACCCAAGGAGGCGAAACAAGUUCACCGAGUCCCUGCAGGCCAACGUGCAGUGCCUGAAGGAGUACCGCUCCAAGCUCAUCCUCUUACCCAGGAAGCCUUCCGCUCCAAAGAAGGAAGAUAGUUCUUUGGCUGAAGAACUUAAAUUGGCCACUCAGCUAACAGGACCUGUGAUGCCCAUCCGAAAUGUUUAUAAGAAGGAGAAAGCCAGAAUCAUCACAGAAGAGAAGAACUUCAAAGCUUUUGCCAGUCUUCACAUGGCCCGGGCCAAUGCCCGGCUCUUUGGUAUCCGAGAAAAGAGGGUAAAGGAAGCUGCAGAGCAGGAUGUUGAGAAGAAAAAGUGA